UCAUUCCGUGCCCCAGCAGAUCAUGGCGGGGUCCCUCACACUACCCUCCAUCACCGUGAACGCGGACGACGGUCGAUCGAAGAGAAGGCCCAAAGCCAACAAUAUCUCACCCCAUCCGAAGAUAAAGCCGUCGUUGAAUUUUUGUUACAAAUGUCUAAUCUUGGACAACCCGUGCGAGUAAAAAUAUACCUUCAAUAG